CAUCAACGGCGGUCGUUCUUUUUGAAUUUACACGUAACACAAAUAGAGUGAACUGUUUAACAAUAACUGUAGUUUUCAAAGUAACGGACGAAAGAUGAGCUUUUCAAGAUAAUUACAAGCCAAGACUAGAUAAUACAAAAUCAGAAAUGAUUUAGUUUAAAUGAUUGUAGCCGUUUCCUCUAUCAUUUUUCUCCGAGCAUCUAUCUCGCUCGACCAAGUGCACCGUGCAUCGUUUGAACCGUCGAAAGCGCCCUGUGGCCGGCCUCUUUUCCGACUCUGAUCGCCGUGGUCCCCGUUGACGGUGAACUGGAAACAGUUUGUGACAAACAAGAUGGCUGAAGAAUUACAGAGAAUCUUAGAAUGUCCAAUGUGUUUGGAACUGUACGACUCUUCAAAUAGAUGGCCAAAACUGUUGCCCUGCCAACAUACAUUCUGUCGAACGUGUCUUGGCCAGCUGGACAAACAGGGUUCGAUAGCUUGUCCACAAUGCAGGCAGCAGCACAAGAGUCCUGUUGGGGGUUCUCAACAGCUUCCCAAUAACUUCACUAUGCUCGCCUUGCUUGAUGUCCACAAGAAGUCAGGUCCUUCCCCACCAGCUUCAGUUUCUUCAUCUUCAGAAGCGACCCCAGCGAGAUCCAAUACUGAUAGCGUGCGUAAGGCAAUUGCUGAACUAGCACGGAGACUCCAACAAAAAGCAGGCGAGUUAUCAAGCUUUGAUACAAAGCAGAAAACGAUCGACGAGAAAUUCCUUGCGGUGAAAAGUCAGGUUGAUGCUGCUUUUGAGUCUCGUUCCCGUGACUUGCAGAUCCGGAGAGAAGCUGUGAUUAAGCAGCUGGCUGGAAUGAGGCAAGAAGAGUUGAACCUGGUGGAGACGCAGAAGGCCAGUGCCAAUCAGUACCUCCAGAAAUUUCAACGAGAAUUUGCCUCAAUGCGGGAAUCCAUUCUCACCAGUCAGCAGCCGACACAAGAGCAGUAUAACCAACUCUUGACUGUGUGUCAAAGAUACACUCAACAAAUUGAACAGUAUGCACUCACCAUCGAUGAGCGAUUAUGUGAGGUUACCUUCACGGACCCUAACCGCACUCAGUUGGCUGUGAGUAUCAACUCUUAUGGUGUCCUGCAAGUAACUGGAAUGGAUAAAACAAAACAAACCGACUCAAAUAUACUCCAACCUCAGAGCCCAUCCUCAAAUUCCAGUCGUCCUGCGGUGACUUCUCCUGGAGCUCCAACUAGCUCAGGAACUCCAGCUCUGAGUAGAAAUUCCUCAUCAACAAACAUCUCAGUUGCAAAUCUCAGCCAACACUUACCCAAUGUGAAAAGUGCACCAAAUUUGUCACAGCAGGAAGAUGGUACUCCUUCAAGCUCUUGUGCCUCUUCAAGGGCUGGCUCCCCAUCUUGUGCAAAUAGAAAUCAGUCACAAAUUGUACCAAACACGGUCAACCAGGUUCCCAGUACAACAUCUGGUCAUCAGGAUGGCACAGGAAGCGUUUUUGCACUGAGCGGGAGCCCAUCUGUGUCUGAGAGCAGAUCUGUACCAGUUGGCGGACAAACAGAAGCAGUUCCUAACAGCAGAAACCCUUUUUUAUCAGAUGCAACAUCGCGUCCAAGGAUGACACAGGGUAAUUCGUCACAAAACUCUCCAGUAUUAACCACAACAUCACAAAGAAAGACCUCUUUACCAAGUCCAACUCCGAGUAGCAACUUGCCCCUUUCUCGAAGCCCUGCUGCUGGUGAUGCUACUCGUUCUUUAGCAAAGCAUACAUCUCUUGACAAACCAGCAGCUCCUGGAGUCAAGCCAAGCAUGCCAUCAAAACCCUUGAGCAGUUACACCAGGCAUGCAUCCAUAGAUUUCACAGGAAGGCAGUCUCCUGCUUCAGGAGACUCAAACUCACCCCUGUCCCGCAUCAAGGAACAGAGCUCAAGAGGGAAUAGACCAGCAUCAAUCAAUUUUGACACAACUAGUUCGACACAAAGUGCUGCUGUGGUGUCCCCUGAAGGAGUUGUCCCGCCAUUACCCCCUCGGAGAGUCAAAAACAUCGAAGGCAUGCGUUCCCGAAGCAUGAGUACAGAUGCAGGGAUGGCUUGCAAAAGAGAUUGGGCCAAGUUUGACACUAUCGGAUCACGAUCACGUAAAUUCGGGAAGGACACCACAAAAGAGGUAGCAAUCAUUGGUAGUGGCUGGUUCGGAGGGUCAUUUUUCGAGAAGCCUACAGGAGUAGCUAUUCUCCCGAACAAUCUCAUGGCAGUUGUGGAUGAGAGAAAUCACUGUGUCUCAGUUGUGACAGACGCAGGUCAGCUCUUUAAGACCUUUGGAAGCCAAGGUAAUGGUCCAGGCCAGCUGCAGUUCCCCAAGUCCAUUUGUCUCAAUAGUCGCCAGCAGAUAAUCGUCUCCGAUUGGUGGAAUCACCGGAUCCAAAUAUGGGACAUUAAUGGUCAGUUUGUCUCCCAGUUUGGAACCAGAGGAUCACAAGCGUCACAGCUAAAUGGACCAAUGGGUGUAACGUGUGACUCUUCUGAUAACAUCUUUGUUUGCGAUACCAACCAUCGUUGCAUUAAGGUUUUCUCCCCAGCAGGUCAAUACCUUCGACAGAUCGGUAAAGAAGGAAGCGCAGAGGGAAGUUUCGUCUGUCCCUCCCAUCUCGUCAUUUCUCCAGGCGGUGAACUUCUCAUUACCGAUUCAGGGAAACACUGCGUCCAUAUGUUCAGUACCCAGGGGACAUUCCUUUAUCAGUUUGGGGAGUGGGGGACCAGUCCUGGUCAGCUAAACUGCCCAUCAGGAAUAAUGAUUGAUCCAAGUGGAUACCUGUUUGUGUCCAGUAGCGGGAAUCAUCGGGUAGAAAUCUACAAUCCAUCGGGAUCGUUUGCUUCUAGUCUCGGCACACAUGGGGCGGAGAAGGGUCAAUUUGAUGAACCUGUUGGGAUUGCAUCCACCAGUGAUGGUCAAGUGGUUAUUUGUGACUCGGGGAACAAGAGGCUUCAAAUCAUGCUGUGCUUUCAGGAUAACCAAUCCUUUGUGUAAAACUAAUGUGUAUAUAUUUGGUUUGCGGUAACACCAUGUGUGUAUCUACUUGCCAGGUAGAGUUUGUUCACGUAGA